AUGUGUCGACUUGAUUAUUCACCACUCGGUCGAAAACUAGAAACUACUGAUUCAGGUUUUAGUGCCUAUUGUGGAUUUAUUCAUGUAGAAUGUGCUCAUCGUCAUCCUAUUCUAUUGUGUUUUAUCAGUCAUCUUCUUCGAGAUCAUCUUUAUAGAAAAUCAUCCAAACAUUGGACGAAAGCACGACAUAAAUGGAUAUUGGCUGUUUUUCUUUUGAAUAAUCCAACAAUAGUUAUUCAACGAAAACAAUAUCUAAAUCGGCCAAAACAAAGUGAGAUGCAAGUUGAUUCAAUUGAAAUAAUAAAUGAGACGUCACAAUCGAUCGUACAUCACCAAUCGGAUGUAGAUUUACAAUUCGAAUUGGAUAAAACACUAGUGAAAGAACGAUUCUAA